UAGCUCCCAAACUUUGGAAUAGUCUUCAUGAUAGUGUUCGUGGCUCAGACACACUUUCCCAGUUUAAAUGUAGAUUAAAAACUCAUCUCUUUAGUCAGGCGUACACAUAAUACAUCCCAUAAUAUCGCGCUCUAUUACAUCUGACAAAAUGCACAUUAUCAUCUAGUGCUUGCUAAUACAGUUUUUUACAAUUGUUUACACACUAAAAUUAAAAUUUCCACACAAUUAGCAAAAUUUUACUCCAAUGAGCAAAACACCUCCACAGAUUUGCACAACAUUACACACAAUGUCUGCUUCACCCUUUUUGCAAAACAUUACACACAGUGAUUUGUAAAACUCUACACACAUUUUCACACCUUAGACACAGAUAAGGAUUGUGAGGUUACUUCCUUGUAAUUACAAAGCACCGGAUUGCCAGUUACCACACUAAUGAACGAAUUGGAUAAACACAUCUACCAGGGGUGGAAGCACACAUGUGCUAACUUGAAAACGCAGCACUCAGGUGUGCUAUAAAAGGCAGAAGGUGAGUUCACCUGUCUUCAACAAAAAUGGAAGGACUUAGAAGAAGAAGAAGAGUGAGAAUGAGAGGGGGAGCUCAAAGAGGAGAUGAAGGCGGUAGAGGUGGAGGUAGAGGAAGAGGCUUAGGUAGAGGAGAAGAAGGUAGAGGAAGAGGCAUAGGUAGAGGAGAAGAAGGUAGAGGAAGAGGAGAAGGAGGUAGAGAAAGAUACCUAGGUAGAGGAAGAGGUAGAGAAGGACUUGAAGAGGUGAUAGAACCUGAACAAAGAAGACGAGGACCAAAUGUGACUCGAGAAAUCCGUGCAACACUUAUUGUCCAUGUUAUCAACUAUGGACUGACACUGAUGGAAACUGGACAAAGAGUUCAACCAAAUCUCAGCAGAAAUACUGUUGCGUCAGUAAUUCGGACAUUUCAUCGAGAAAACAGGAUUGAGGGUCGAGACCACCAAGGUGGAAGGGGCCCAAUUUUUAGUCGUGCACAAGAGGCCGCCAUUGUGAACAUGGUUUUGGCCAAUAAUUGUAUCAGGCUACGAGAAAUCCAAGCCAAUAUCAUCAAUGAUGACAAUAUUUUCAAUAACAUCCAACGAGUCUCUCUGUCAACAUUAGGUCGAAUCCUAAAGAAAAAUCAAAUAUACAUGAAGCAACUGUAUCGGGUACCAUUUGACAGAAAUUCAGAGGGAGUGAAACAUCUGCGCGAUGAGUAUGUGGAGAGAGUCUUGCAAAUGGAUGCUGCUGAAAUUCAACACGAAUUUAUAUAUGUGGAUGAGGCUGGAUUUAACCUUGCAAAAACAAGAAGAAGAGGGUGAAAUGUAAUUGGGCACAGGGCAAAUCACCCUUUGCGCUGCUAUCACACAAAAUGGGGCAUUACACCGAGUGGACCAGAUGCGGUACAUUGUCGUUUAGGACAAUGUCUCAUUUCAUCGGGCUGCUCAGGUCCAGAACUGGUUCCGUGAUCACCCUGAUUUUGAAGUUUUAUACCUUCCCCCAUACUCCCCCUUCCUGAAUCCUAUAGAAGAAUUUAUUCAGCGUGGCGGUGGAAGGUAUAUGACCUGCGGCCUUAUGACCGUUUGCCCCUCAUUCAGGCCAUGGUACAGACAUGUGAUCUUAUUGAAGCAGCUUCAGUGCAGGGGUGGAUUCGUCACACAAGGCGAUUCUUCCAACGGUGCCUUGCCAAUGAAGACUUAGCCUGUGAUGUGGAUGAAAUCUUAUGGCCUGAUCCAGCCAGACGGAGAGACGGAUAGUUACAGUAUUCUUGUUGCUUUUACAGUAGUUUUCUUUCAUUUCUGUUUACUUUUACUUUCCUUUUCUUCAGAGUCAAAGUGUAUGUACUGUAAUUCAUGCAGUAAUUUUUAUUUGUCUAUAGAUUUUAUUUGUUUACAGUAAUUGAUAUCAUUGUUGGUUGAUUACUGUAACUAUUUAUGGUAAGAAAUACUGUAAGUAUUGAAAUAAAUACUUGAAAUAUUCA